CGAAGUAUGAUGUUGUGUACAACUGUAACAGUAUUGUAAAUCACCCCGUUGUUGCCCCGUUUGUCCGCGAAGCCAUGGAAAUAAUUUUAUUCUGCUGAACAUUGCACAGUGUACUCUCUCACUCGUCUCUCGUCUACAUUGCUAUUUGCUAAUAAUCGCUGAAUUAAUGUGCUUAUAAUUAUUAUCACAUAGAUAGAUAGUAUUGUCGUGUUGUUUAUUCCGAACAGCGUUUGUUGAAUCAACAAGAUAAUAUUAUUUUUUAACAUAUAGGUACAUAGGUUAGGUUAUACACAUAACGCGUAAUCCGAAUUGAAGAAAGGGUACCUAACAUUUGAAUAUUGCUGUAGAGACAUCCGUUUCGGUACGUUUUAUAUCGCGUCAAAUAUUGUAAAUGUAAUCAUACAACGCGAAACAUAAAUGGAAAUUGUUUGUUUAAUCUGUUAACACUUCAACAGAUGGUUAUCUCGUCCUGCAAAAUCGUACAUUACUGUUGUAGACGAUAUUCACAUUCGAAUUAGUGUUCAAAAUCCAGGUAUUUAAAAUGGAUGCGUGCUUAGCCGUUGAUCGUGAGGUUGACAAAGUAUUGUCAAAAUUUGAAGACAUGAGUAGAAAUUAUAAUAAUGUAUUGCAGCAAUUGAUUGAUAGUUUGGAAAUAAUACAAAAUGAUUGGAAAACAAAUAGUAUAAAAGAAGAAAAUAAAGUGUCAUCAAUUAAUUGUAUAUCAAAUUUAAUUCAUAAAUCGCUUGAGAAAACACAAAGAUUAGCUAUUGAACAUCGAGAACUACAUAGUACUGUAUCAAAAGUGGGAAAAGCAAUUGACAGAAAUUUUGUAUCAGAUUUUGAUGCAACUUGUAAAGUGGAUAUUUUUAAUGAUCCAAAAAAUGCUACAUUUCUUAACUAUAUUAUUUGCCAACAUUUUUAUAGACAAGGUGACUUGGAUAUUGCUGAUGAACUUGUAAUGGAAUCUGGAAUAAACAUGGAACCUAGCAUAAGAGAACCAUUUGCUAAGUUAAAAUACAUUAAAGAGUCGUUAGUCAAAAAAAAUAUUUACCCUGCAUUAGAAUGGGCAAAAGAGAACCGAGCAGUGUUAGAUACUCAGAUGUAUCCCCCAUAUCCAUUGGUUAAAAGGAUUUCUUCAGCUUCUAAUUUGCCAAUUCGUAUUCCAUAUCAUGCAAAAAGGACAAAAUUUUCUGGUGGCAUAAUGAAACCAAGGCCAAAAACAAAAAAAAUUAAGAGAAUGGAAUUGGCAAAAAAAAUAUUGCAUCAAUUUUAUAAGAGUUCUGCUCUCGAAUUUAAGCUUCAUCAACUUGCGUUUUUAUCAAUUAUUCAAAAAGGGGUGGAACAUCAAACCGAAGCAGUUACAUACGCCCGCACUAAUUUUAGUCAAUUUGUUGAUAGAUACGAAAAAGAAAUUCAAACUAUGAUGGGUAUGCUACUGUUUGUACCACAAGGAAUCAAUAACUCACCAUACUCAGAAAUGGUUCAAGAAAAUUUGUGGGAUGAAGUUAUUGAAUUAUUUACGAGAGAUGCUUGUACAUUACUUGGAUUAAGUUUUGAUAGCUUAUUAAAUGUUAGUGUUAAUGCUGGAUGUGCAGCUCUCCCUGCACUUUUAAAUAUCAAACAUGUCAUGACACAACGAAAAGUGAAUGAUAUUUGGAAAGGAAAAGAUGAAUUGCCUAUUGAAAUUGAUUUAGACACGGAACAUAGAUAUCAUUCAAUGUUUGCGUGCCCUAUUCUCAGACAACAAAGUUCAGACACCAAUCCUCCUAUGCGACUUAUUUGUGGCCAUAUUAUAUCCAAAGAUGCUUUAAACAAAUUAGGACACUCAACUAAAUUAAAGUGUCCAUAUUGCCCAAUGGAACAAAGUACUUCAGAAGCAAAACAUAUAUGUUUUUAGAUAUUUUUACCAAUUAUUCAACUAAAAUUAUAAACCUAAUAUUUUUAAUAUAUACAAAAUGUAUUGAUUAAAAUUUUCAGGAUGUACUUUUCAACUUAAUAAUUAUUUUAUUUUGAUUGCUUUUUCAACAAAAAAAAAAAUAGAGUUAACAAUUUAAUAGGAUGAUGAUUUUUAGAUUACUGUAUAAUCUAUGUAAAUGACAACAUGACUUAUUUACUUUUUGAAAUUUUAUUAAUUCUAUGUAUGUAAAGAUAAAAAAGUUCAUUUUAUAUUCAUUUAUACUGUAUAAUUUAGUUUAAGUGCAAACAAUUAUUAGUUAAAAUAUCCAUAAAAAGAAUAUUUUUGUUCCUAUAAAAAUAUAUUUUAAUUAAUACAUUGAAUGCCUCGUAGUAGUUGUUGAGUGUAGUAUAUCAACGUCAAAUUGGGCCAAUUUAUUUAUUUGACUUGUAACUGUGUUGACAUCGGGCUCCAAGAAAACAAUAACGUUAAUAAAAAAUUAAUGAAUAACAACUUAUUAUAACAAAAGUGUUUCUUGGUGAUUUAGUUUAUCAUAAAACCGUAAAGGUACCUGUGAAACUUGCUGACAGUCGUGGGGGACAAUAUCACAAUAUUGUCAACCGAGGUACUCAAUGUAUUAAAAACUCAUGUUUAUUUGAUGGAAAUUUCUUUAUAAAUUGUUUAGAAUUCAACCAUUAUUGUAUUACAAAAUAAUAAGUGAAUUAUUUUUCAGUUAUUA